CCACACGCAAGGGCCGCCAGGAACUCCAAUGGCAGUUGACCGACCAUUCUUGUGAAUGUUUCCGGUAUCAAAUCGCAACAGAAUCAUGACUCUUGCGUGGAAAUCUUGGUUUCUGACCCCUGGCACUCGUUCUACACUGUAUUGUACAUACAACUAGUGUGCCGAGCGUGCAUAACCCGGGCUCUCCCUGGCUUUUAUCACGACCAGUAUUGCCACUUCGAACCCCGUAGAAUAUGUCACCGCCCAUUUACUUCCUCCUGCCAACCAACACGGCGUGUCGAUGGUCUGCGGCAUCGUCGAAGAGAAAUCGAAGCCCCUGCAUGGCAAGCACUCCCUCGGACUAGACUCCGGAGUGUCCGGAUCACAAGAAUGACGACACCUGUGCGCAGGGCAGGGUUUGCUGUCGACAGGGACAAUGCAGUCUCACGGAUCACGCACCGUCCCGAUCAGGAUGUCGAGGCCCAGCUCCUGAGCAGAACUGGUGCUCAUUUUGAAACCGGCAGCCCCCUUCUCCCCACGCCGAUAGCCAACCUCGUCAGUUUCGCCACGCGGUCCACGAGCUUCGCGAUCCGGACGAGCAGCACCAUCGGCGGCUAUGGCGUGGAUGCUGCGAAGCUGGCCACACUGUCCAGCCUCGAGCUGGGCCGCGCCCUUUUCCAGGGCGUCCUCGUCCGGGCCAGCAAGGACACCAACUCCUCCGGUUCCCACUCGGCGCAGGCGGCGGCCGCGAACCUGAACAGCUUCGUGGACCAGAUCGCCCUGUGGGCUGCGAGCGGAUUCAACUUGACGAGCAGUGCACUGUCGAUGCUCUCCGAGUCGAGCCAGGUCGUGCUCUUGACGCUUGAUCGAUUCUUCGGUUCCACCGAGUCUUCACGCGCCAUAGCCAGCAUCAUCAGCAUGAUCCGCCGCGAGUUUCAGUUCCCCGCUCUGGGGGGUUUGGGGGAACAGGUGAAAGCUACCGAUCUAGUGCUAGCAUUUUGCGCCCUGGCUUAUCUCCAGAGGUCAUGUCGUGGCUUGCUGGAAGAGGAAAGGCGCGCCGCUCGCGUCGAGGAGACCGUGUGGGACGUCGUGGUCCUCAACGAUGACAGACGACUCGACGUUCAGGAAGAAGGCUCGUAUCGUGAUUCUACCAGAGCUGUCAUCGAAAAGGCCCGGAACGGUGUAACGCACAGCGAUCAGAAGGCGCAAGGAGACCGAGAAGACCCAGAGAACCAACGACUGUCGAUGCUGCAGCUCGAGAGAGAGAUUUUGCGGUCCCUGCCGGACAACGUCAAAGUCUCCAUCUCCAAGGAAGUUGCCACCUCGGAGACCAUCACCGUCAACAUCAUUGGUGAUGCACAGCAAAGCAGCUUUGAGCCGCCCGUUGGCGUCGAGCUGAUCGAGGAGAACAGGGGUAUCAGCGAAACGCAGUCCGAGCAUGGAGGAAAAAUUGCGUGCUCGCAGUAUGUCUUACGACAAGAGCGUCGCCAUGAGAAAAGGUUGUCCCUGGGAAGACUAGGCGCAGAUGCCGGCCAUGCCACCGGCUAUGUGGAGGAGCUGGACUCGAGCUCGGAGGAAGGUCCCGGGGAUCCGAGUCCUUACACAACCACUCCUCGGCUGCCAAUGCUUCCCGACUCCUCGACCGGACAGAGCACUCACGAAGCCAGUGUUCCGACGUCUGAGGCAGCUUCUUCCCUGGCGGCAUACCCUCUGCCAUCCCACGGCCUCACACUCGACAGCGGCAACAUAGGGGGCGAGAAACCGCUUCCAGCACUACCAGGCACUCCAGCAUUUAAUACACCAGCUAGGAGUCCACACAUACAUAUUCAGAGGCAGGCGUCGAGCAAGGGAUUGCCUCCAUUGGACGUCGACGAAUCUGCAUCCGGUUCGAAGCACGCAGAGAGGAAGGGGGGUUUCCGCAACGUGCUCAAGAAGUCCAUGUCGGUCUUUCACAAGGACGACUCUGGGUCCGAAGCUAUUGUUGCACGGAAGAAGAAGCACGCUUAUGGCAUUUCCCCUACGGAAAAGACACAGCAACGUCAUUCAUCUGAAGGACGCCAUGAACCCAGCCCUUCCCUCACCGGUUACUUCGCAGUAAGCGAGAGCAUACGACAGUCGACGACAACCCUCGCUGAAACGCACUCCAUAGUGAGUACCGACUAUUACCGGUCUGCCUCUAUAGUUGGUGAUGCGUUGGGCCGGGGAUACGGGGAAAUGGUACCAGAGAGAGAACCCGGUUACUCGCCGCCAACACCAAUGAGAGACCACCGAUACGUAGAGCCUCAACAUCCAGCUCUCUACACACCAGCUGCGAAUCGGUCGGUGUCAUCUCUCGUCUCAUAUCACCCACAACACCUGGCGAGUACCUUCAGUGCCACCGAAGAAGCCCCCAGCAGGCUCAGUCAACGGGGGACUUUGAAUGGCAUGUUUCCCGAGCGGCAUUUCUUGGCCAACAUCACGCGGUACAUGCGCUUCGCCUCGGCGUCGUAUGGGUCCAGCUUCCUCACGGUAAUGGGUAUGGCCACAGAGAUGCCGAUCCCGAAAUCCCUUGACGACACACACCACGAGCUGCGGUCGUUUGCCCACCACACCAGAUGCGACCCCAGCAGCAUUCUUCUGUCGUCGUUCGUCGAUGCCCAGGGCGGGUCGGACGGAACGGGGGCGACCAACACCGGGGUGCCGCUCGUGCAUUACGUAUCCCUGGAUCACCAGUCGAAAGCCGUUGUGCUCACCUGCCGCGGGACGCUGGGCUUCGAGGAUGUCCUGGCGGACAUGGCCUGCGAAUACGACACGUUACUUUGGCGGGACAACCGAUACAAGGUCCACAAGGGCAUCCACGCGUCAGCCAACCGUCUCCUCUAUGGUGGCGAUGGCAGGGUCCUGUACACGCUCAAGGCGGCGCUCGAGGAAUUCCCGGACUACGGCCUCGUCCUCACGGGCCACUCUCUGGGCGCGGCAGUAACCUCGCUCCUGGGCAUCAUGCUCUCCGAACCGGGCCGCGGACCGCCGGGUACACCCUUCGUCACGUCCCCCGAACCGCGCACCAAAUUCCUCUCUCACCAUCACCACCAUCACCACCAUCACCACCACCAUGUCUGCCUCCCCGCGGGACGACCAAUCCACGUCUACGCCUACGGACCCCCCGCCACGGUCUGCACGCCGCUGCGCAACGCCACGCGGGGGCUGAUCACGACGGUCGUCCACGGCGCCGACAUCGUGCCCCACCUCUCCCUCGGCCUGCUGCACGACUUCCAGGGCGCCGCGCUGGCGUUCAAGAUGGACAAGAUGAACAACAACCAACGGGCGGAUUCUUCUUCUUCUUCCAACAGCAGCAGCGACACCAGCAGUCCCCUGAAAUCGGAGAUGUGGCGUCGGAUUAGAGGGACGUUUUUGAAUGCCAUGUCGCACCCCCUUAGCGAAACCAGACGGAUCUUUGUUGGCGGUGCCGCGGGUGGCGCUGGAGACAACGACGACGACGACGACGAGUGGGCGUAUUCCACGCUCAAGGCGCUGCGGGCGCACAUGGCGGGAGACAAGCUGGUGCCGCCGGGGGAGGUGUUUGUGGUGGAGAGCGAGGAGGUGUUGAGGAGGGAGGCGUUUGUGUUCGCUAAUGCUGCGCCUGGUUCUGGUUCUGGUUCUGGUUCUGGGUCUGGGUUGAGGAGUGGUAAUGGUAAUGGUUACUAUCGGCUGGGGAGACCGGCUAAGAGGAUGGUGCUCAAGUAUGUCAGGGAUGUGGAGAAGCGAUUUGGGGAAGUUAGGUUCUACGGGUCCAUGUUGACGGAUCACAGCCCCGGGAGGUAUGAGGCCGCGUUGGAGAGGUUGAAGCUUGGUGUGGGCGUUAGGGAGUAGAGGUAGGUAGUAACUCACCGUUACUGCUGCCUACCUACCGUCUAAGUACAUACCUACAACCUGUUCCUUUACACGUGAAUACUAUAUAUCUUAGAUAUACCUCAUUCGGACGGCGGAUAGAAUCGGACGGGAGGGAAAGAUCACAGGAUGGAAAUGGUAGA